ACUCUCCGGGAGAGGAUGCUGCCUUGUUAUAAAAGCAUCACUUAUAAAGAACGGGAGGACUUGACACUCCGGCCCCGUUCCUGCCUUCAGUGCUCCGAGUCCCUAGCAGGCCUCCAGGUGGUCAGAAGCACCAAGCAGGGUGAUCCCGACCAGCUGAAAGAAUUGUAUUUGGCUGGGAACCUGACAGUGCUGGUUACUGCCUGCCUGCUCCAUCAGGACCCAGUGCAGGUAGACUUCCACUUUCACCUCACUCCCCAGACCUCUGCUCAUUGGCACGGCCUGCUCUGUGACCAUCGACUCUUCCUGGAUAUCCCAUAUCGAGCCUUGGACCAAGGCCACCAGGAAAGUUUGACUGCAACACUGGAGUAUGUGGAGGAGAAGACCAAUGUGGACUCCGUGUUUGUAAACUUCCAAAACAACCAGAAUGAUAGAGGUACCCUGCUACGGGCCUUCAGCUACAUGGGCUUUGAAGUUGUCAGACCAGAUCACCCUGCCCUCCCUCCCUGGGACAAUGUCAUCUUUAUGGUAUAUUCCCUUGACAGGGACCUUGGCCACCUGCCCAGUGAGCCUUCCUGAAUGUGCUUAUUACUACUAUGUGAGGUGUUGGAAACCUUGAUAAGUGGAAACCAGGGACCCAGGAUGUGAUUUAGAAUACCUUUUUCCAUCCUAGGAAUAAAGGGUAGUGCCAUCAAGUGUUCACUGGUUUUGGGGGCAAAGGUGGGGUUGGCUGGAGUGAAACAUGAACCUUAUGGAGCUGAAUUCACUGUAGAAUAAAUGUUUAAUGAUUGAGUAGAUCAGAGGGGCCUGGACCAGAAAGGGAGGGGACCCAAAGAUUUUAGGCUCCUUCUGCCUUUCUCCCACCCCUCCCAGUCAUUUACCAGCAUUCUAAUCAUUUUCUGAGAGCCUGAGAGAACCAAGCACUAAGGAAUUCAGAAAGAAAAGCCUUUUUGGGAGACUUCAUCCAUAUAUUCCAGUUCAAACUGGAGGCAAGUACUAAUUCCUUCUCU